UGUUCAAUGACGACUGAAGAGUGUGAUUGUGUUUUGAUUUUUCCAGAAGCAUGAUGAAAUAAAAGUAAAAUAGUUUGGAUUUUAGACUUAUCGUCGAAUUUGUAAUUAUUGAAGUGUGAAGCUUGAGGUGGAGUAAAUAUAUCACUAAGUACAAAUUUUGUGGUAAAACUAUAAAUUACGAAAUGGAUCAGAAUAAUGAUGAGACUCGUGCACCAAUAGCAGGUGCUUUAAUGCCAGCUCUAGCUAACCCUACUGGAACGUCCUCAGCUCCUGUACGCAUCAGAAAUUUACAGGGUCUACUCAGGUUUGCAAUGGAAGCUACAAGAGCUGAAGAUGCACCAAAUUCCUCAGACUUUAGACCUUUGGAUGAAGAGAGGCGGAAGUUUUUAGAAAAUGCCUUUAAAAGUAUAACUGUUAAUGUGGUAGAGAUUUUGAUGGAUGCUAUUAAAGUAUUGACUGAUGUUGAGAAGAUAAAAAGCAUUCAGCUUGGAGAUGAGUUGCCUGGAGAUGUUUUAACUGCAUUUGAAAAUAUCUUGUCAUAUGUUGAUGAUUUAGACGUCGCUAAUGAUUUCUACAAAAUUGGGGGAUUUGCUGUCUUUCCUGUCUGCUAUGGAAGUGAAAAUGAGGAAGUUCGUUGUAGAGCCAGUCGAGUGCUUGCAGAGUUGUGUCAAAAUAAUCCUUUCUGCCAGGCGCGCGCCUUAGAGAGCGGCUUGCUUAAUGUAAUCUUACACAUGGUGACCACAGAACGUGGUCAAGCUUUGGCCAAGUGUAUUUCUGCUGUUUCUAGUGCAUCACGUGAGUUUGAGCCCGCUUGCACCGAGUUGACGGCGCAGGGCGGGUGUGAGGCUCUAGCAGCUGUGCUGAGCUCGGAUGACAUAUCAGCCAAGACGAAAAGUGCUUUCCUUGUUGCCUACCUUUGUGGUCACUAUACACCUGCUAGAGAAAAAUUUAUAGAACAAAAUAUUGUCCGCAUUGUUGCAAAAGAAAUUGAAAAAGGUGGGGAUAAUGCCACAGAGCAUCUUUUAUGCAUACUCCACGCCCUUAAAGAUGAUCAAAGAGUGAUUCAACAGUGUCAGGAUAUAAAUCUUAAGAAGAUUCUAGAAGAGCAUUUGAAAAAUACCGAGGAGGGUACGUUUUUGGAAGAACAAGAGUAUUGUAGUGAGUUAUUAAAGGUUCUUGGUAACUGUCCCCAGGCUGAAGAUAUACAGAGUGAGGCUGAUAGAUAGAUUGAUCCACCGCAAAGGAAGUUACUGACUAAUAUGUGCGUUUCUCUAUUAUCUAAGUCAUGUGUUUAUCAGGUAUUAAAGCAUUUAAUUAAUUAAUGCCGUAAAUGAAAACUGUACGAUAUAAACAAUUAAAUAUUGAACGUAUUUUA